AAACCUUUAUUUUAAUUCCUAGAGUUUCACAUCGGACAGCAAAUAAACUUUUGUUACUUUGUGACAAAUGGAGGGUCCUUAGCUUCCUCUCCUUCUCUCUCUCCUUUCUUCACUCUCUGUGUCUGCGCGCAAAAUCAACCGCCGGAAAAUCGAUUCCUUCCUUCUUCUUGUUUCUUGUUUUCAACUUCCAAUCUGUGAAUCUAAUCAGGCUGUGAAGGAUUUGGUGGUUAAAAUUGUCUGAAUUCUGAUGUCUCCGCCAUUACUUGGUGACGGCGUGGAGGAGGAAGGAGCAGGUCAAAGCAGUGUUACUUUGCUUGCUUCUUCAGGUUCUGCUGAAAGUGUUUGCCAGAGAAAUGCUGAACUGAGGGAACGCAACUACAUGGGAUUGUCUGAUUGUUCUUCAGUUGACAGCUCAGGGCCAUCCCUUAUGUCUGAUGGUGGAAAGGCUAAUCUGAAUCUGAAGGCAACAGAGCUCAGGCUUGGGCUUCCUGGAUCUCAGUCUCCUGAAAGAAAUCGGGAGCUUUGUCUGCUUAGCUCUGCACAACUUGAUGAGAAGACUCUAUUCCCUUUGCAUCCCUCAAGUGAUGGUCACUGCUCUUCAUCUCAGAAGACUCUUGUUUUGGGCAACAAGAGAGGAUUCUCUGAUGCAAUGGAUGGGUUUUCAGAGGGAAAAUUUCUUUCUAACUCAGAAGUCAAUGUGAUGCUGUCACCUAGGCCAUCUUCAAACUUGGGAUUGAAAGCAGGUUCUGUGCUUGAAAACCUUGGGUCUCAACCAACAAAAGCAAAAGAGAUAGCAAUUCAAAAGGUUUUAGACGGGCCUAAUGCUACCAAUGAGACCAGGCCUAACCAUAAUGGUUCUGCAAACAACAAUAGCGGUGCACCUGCUACCAAGGCGCAGGUUGUGGGUUGGCCCCCAAUCAGAUCAUAUAGGAAGAACUCAUUGGCCACCACUUCAAAGAACGUUGAUGAGGUAGAUGGAAAGGCAGGGCCUGGUGCUCUCUUUGUGAAAGUCAGUAUGGAUGGUGCUCCUUAUUUGAGAAAAGUAGCCUUGAAAAACUACUCUAAAUAUCAGGAGCUAUCUUCUGCCCUUGAGACGAUGUUUAGUUGUUUUACCAUAGGUCAAUAUGGAUCUCAUGGUGCCCAGGGCAGGGAAGUCCUGAGUGAGAGCAAGCUGAAAGAUAUGUUGCAUGGGUCAGAAUAUGUUCUCACUUAUGAGGAUAAAGAUGGUGACUGGAUGUUGGUCGGUGAUGUUCCAUGGGAGAUGUUUACUGAUACUUGCAAGAGGCUGAGGAUAAUGAAGAGCUCUGAUGCAAUUGGACUUGCCCCAAGGGCCGUCGAAAAAUCCAGGAACAGGAACUAGUUUGCAUCACAGAUGAUUGUUGCUAUGUUACAAAGAUAAAGAAUCACCUAAACAAGAUUCUUACGAAGAACACAAGGAGUUGAGGAUGCUGGACUGGGUAGGAGGUCCUGGCUUAUCUGCUUUUAUCAUAAAUGUUGCUAUGUUAUCCCAUAACCGUCCGAGAGCGAAUUUAUGUUAUGGAAGCCCUGUUUCAGUCUAUUUGAAUCAUAAAACCACUAAAGCUAGUAUUUGUGACUUUGUGAGUACCUUAAGAUCGCUAUCAUGUAAGAGUCCAGACAAGUUCCUGUUCUCAUACAGGGUAUAUUUCAGUUUGUAAAGUGCAUUAUGUGUCGAACUGCCUUAUCAUGUGUGUGUAUGGUGAAAGACCUACAAGUUAUCUGUAAUCCUAACGUGACUGUAUUCACCUUGUGUCUGGUUUCUUGUGCGUAUAAUUGAGUCUAUUACU